AGGCAGAGAGAGGAAGCGGCAUAUGAUUCUUCAAUAAUGACAAAAAGGGGAAGAAAUUUUAAAAGGAUUGCUUUGCUAUGAAGGCACAAAGAAAAUUGGAGCAGCAGCAGCAAAGGAAGAAGCUGAGGACAUUAUAAGAUGGGUGUUAGAGAAAUCCAAGUCUCUGAUAGCAACAUAAUAAUUAAUGAGCUUGACGACCUCUAUGAUUCCACGACUGGCAGAGUGCUCACCGGUUCCUGGGUCUGGAACUCGGCGGUCGUCCUGGCUGAGUGGAUGGCAACUCGGUGCAAACUCUUAGACUUCGACUUCAAAGACAAGACGGUGAUAGAGCUCGGCGCUGGGGCUGGACUCCCUGGUUUGAUGGCAGCUCUUCUUGGUGCCAGUCGAGUUGUACUUACCGAUAUAGAGUCGUUGCUGCCUGGGUUGUUGCAGAAUGUAGAUGCCAAUGGACUUGGGGACCGGGUGGAAGUAAGGGAACUCGUCUGGGGUUCGGACAAAUCGGUGAGUCAAGCCAACGAGUUGGGAGAGUUUGACCUGAUAUUGAUGUCAGAUGUGUUCUUCGACCAGGAGGAAAUGCCCCCUCUAGCACAGAUCCUAAAGAUCAUCGCUGGGGAAAAUAGCAUAAUCUGGGCAGCAUCCGAGCUCCGACCAUGGACCAUCGAGUGCCUUGGUGAGUUCACAAAUCAAGGAUUCAAGAUUGACGAGACACCAGUUCAACUCGAUCGUCCUUGUGAGGAAGACGACUAUGCCAUCUUAGACUCAUUUUCCAUUUUCCAUCUCCAACCAUCGGAUGGAGAAUGCAACUUUUGACACUAUCAAUCCAAUCUGUUCAGUAGAAUUUAAAAUUCCAAAUCUCAGAAAGAGCAAAAGAGAAGACAAAAAAGUUGCAAAAUGCAAUUUUGUGUUCCAUAUUAGCAGGUAAAAACAAAUGCAUUCAUAUUCAUAA